UGAGAUAGAGACUGUAUUGCCUGCCUUACUAGUCAUUUCUGAUGGUAACCAGGAAAAGACAGGAAAAGGAUGCAACACAGGUCAUUACUGAUAUACAAGUUGUCCUCUUUACAAAUACUAGAUGGUGUUAUGGUAACAUCUGAUGAGAGACAAACAGCAGAAGCAACAUUCAGUGACAGAUGCCAACAUCAAGAUGAAGAUCAAGCAGAUACUGCAUUAUUACCAUCACUAACUAAUGCAGGACAAGUAAAGGUUAUGAAUGUGCCAUUGUACAUGUCAACUCACACCAGCAGACAGUCACAGGCUAUGGAGGCACGGGCACUUCACCUGCAAACAUUACAAGCCUUUCAGGAUAGAAGGAAAGGAAGGAGAUAGUACUUACUUUAUAAUAAUUAUCA